AUGUCAGACGUGAUUCUUGAAGAUGUUGCUUUGACAACCCCAAGUGAUAUUAGAGUAUUUGGAAAAUGGAGCGGUGCCGAAGUUCAAAUUUCCGAUAUGUCGUUGGUGGAUUAUAUCCUUGGAGCGAAACAACCCAAAUAUCUACCACAUUCAGCCGGACGUUAUCAAGUUAAACGUUUUAGAAAAGCUAUGUGCCCAAUUGUUGAACGACUUGUUUGUUCAUUGAUGUUCCAUGGUCGUAAUAAUGGAAAAAAAUUAUUGGCAGUUCGAAUUGUCCGCCAUACGUUUGAAAUUAUCCAUUUAUUAACUGGUGAAAACCCAUUACAAGUACUUGUCAACGCUAUUAUUAAUAGUGGACCAAGAGAAGAUUCAACUCGAAUUGGCCGAGCUGGAACAGUAAGACGACAAGCAGUCGAUGUGUCACCAUUAAGACGUGUUAAUCAAGCACUCUAUUUGUUGUGUACCGGCGCUCGUGAUUCAGCAUUCAAAAGUGUUAAAACCAUAGCUGAAUGUUUAGCUGAUGAACUUAUCAAUGCGGCCAAAGGAUCAUCGACAUCAUUUGCGAUUAAACGUAAAGAUGAAUUAGAACGUGUUGCCAAAUCAAAUCGUUAA